AUGGCGGGCCAAUUCGAUGUGAUCCUCUUUGGUGCCACCGGCUUCACCGGUUCCUUGAUGCUGCAGUACCUGCUGCAGAAGGGCAACGUGAAGUUCGCCAUCUGCGGCCGCAGCCGCGCGAAGCUGGAGAAGGCCAUUGAGACGGCGAGCUCGAAGCCAGAGAUUUUGGUGCUGGAUGUUUUGAGUGCAUCACAUGAGGAGGUCAAGGAGGUGGUGAAGAAGGCCAAGUGUGUUUGCACAUCGAUCGGUCCCUUUGUGGAGUGCGGCGAGCCACUCGUGAAGGCCUCUGCCGAGCUGGGAGUGGACUAUGUCGACACCAGUGGGGAGAGCACCUUCAUGCGUCAGAUGAUCGAGAAGUACGACGCCGUGGCGCGGCAGAGUGGCGCUCGGAUCGCGAUCCAUUGCGGGCAGGACGAAGAGGGACGCAGAGGGCCGAAGGACUGCGUGCCCUGGGAUCUGAUGGUCUGGAAGCUCUGGAAGAUCUUAGGCUCCGACUUCACAGGAAUCAAGAUCUUGAGCGAGAUCAAGGGCGUGCCCAGCGGAGGCUCUUUGGGUUUCGACCCGCUCUACCUGGCUGAUGGGAAGAAAUCGGAGUGCUUGACCCAAGUGGAUCUUCCCAGAGGCAGCCAAUUUUAUGCGGAGGCCCAGCAGAAGGGCGGUCCUUGGAUCAUGGGCCCGGUCAUGGCCAAUGGCAUCCGUCGGAGCCGCUCGGGUGCGGUGGAACGCGAGUUCGGAGUUCCGGUGGCUCGGGCGGCGCGGGGGUCGGGGCGCCAUGUUGGGGGGCGAGAGGGUGAGGAGGAUCGAUGGGAGUAA